UGACGUAGGCGGGGGCGGGGUUCGGUGACGCGGGCUGGAGCGACGGGAGCGACGGGGCCGGAAACCAGGUCCUGGGACACAAGAUGGAGCCGAGACUGAGACAGAGACAGAGACUGGGCCGCACUGGACGGGUUUAGGAGCCGUUGAUGUGGACGGAGAGACAGGGACGUGAGCGGCCAUUGAGGGCAGCCAGGGUGCCGCACGGUUUAGGAGCCGUUGCUGUGGACGGAGAGACGGGGAUGUGAGCAGUCAUUGACGGCGGCCAGGGUGCAGGCGAGCCCCCCCAUCUGCCCGGUGUGCGGGCUGAGCUUCGAGGGGCUGAGCUUCGAUGGAGGACCACAUGGCGGGGCACAACAAGGAGAAGCGUUAUGAGUGCGACGUGUGUGGCAAGGUCUGCCAGAGCCCGAGCAAGCUGGAGGCCCACCGGCGGGUGCACACGGGAGAACGCCCCUUCAACUGCUCGGACUGCGGCAAGAGCUUCAUGACGGUGAUGGUCCUGAAGGCCCACUGGCGGGUGCACACGGGCGAGAAGCCCUAUGACUGCUCCACCUGCGGGAAGAGCUUUACCCAGUUGUCAGGGCUGCGGCAGCACCGGCGGGUGCACAGCAGUGUGCGGCCCUUCACCUGCCCCGACUGCGGCAAAGACUUCAAGACGUCCACGUACCUGAAGGUGCACAGGCGCAUGCACACCGGGGAACGGCCCUACACCUGCGGCGACUGUGGCAAGGGCUUCACCAGGUCCAGCAAACUGCUGAAGCACAAGCGCACCCACACCGGCGAGCUCCCCUACACCUGCGCCCAGUGCGGCAAGGGCUUCACCGAGUCCAACCACCUGCUGAUGCACCAGCGCACCCACACCGGCGAGCGCCCCUACAUCUGCGCCCAGUGCGGCAAGGGCUUCACCCGCUCCGACAUCCUGCUGAAGCACCAGCGCACCCACACAGGCGAGCGCCCCUACACCUGUGCCCAGUGCGGCAAGGGCUUCACCCAAUACAGCACGCUGUUGCAGCACCAACAUACCCACACCGGCGAGCGCCCCUACACCUGUGCCCAGUGUGGCAAGGGCUUCACCACCUCCACCAGACUGCUGAUACACCAGCGCACCCACACCGGCGAGCGUCCCUACACCUGUGCCCAGUGCGGCAAGGGCUUCACCACCUCCACCAACCUGCUGAUGCACCAGCGCACCCACACUGGAGAGUGCCUCUACACCUGUGCCCAGUGCGGCAAGGGCUUCACCUACUCCAGCAACCUGUUGAAGCACCAGCGCACCCACACCGGCGAGCGCCCCUACACCUGCGCCCAGUGUGGCAAGGGCUUCACGCACUCCAGCAGCCUGCUGGUGCACCAGCGCACCCACACCGGCGAGCGCCCCUACACCUGUUCCCAGUGUGGUAAGGGCUUCACCCAGUCCAACAACCUGCUGAGGCACCAGCGCACCCACACCGGCGAGCGCCCCUACACCUGCGCCCAGUGCGGCAAGGGCUUCAACGACUCCAGCAGCCUGCUGGAACACCAGCGCACCCACACCCGCGUGCGCCCCUACACCUGCGCCCAGUGCGGCAAGGGCUUCACCCGCUCCACCUUUCUGCUGUCCCACCAGCGGAUACACACCGGAGAGAGACCCUUUGUGUGCGCUGAGUGUGGCAAGAAUUUCACCCGCAUGUCCAGCCUGUGGCAGCACCGGCGUACCCACAGCGGUGAGCGCCCCUUCCCCUGCCCGUCCUGUGGUAAGGGCUUCACCCGCCUUGACCAACUGCUGGAGCACUGGCGAGUCAACACCGGCCAGCGCCCCUUCACCUGCCCGCUCUGUGGCAAGGCCUUUGCCCGCUCCUCCAGUCUACUGGCACACCGCCACGUGGAUAGAUAGGCGCUGUUUAGGUAGACACAAAAU